AUGUGCGAUGCGCUCGGCGGCAAAUCACUCGUCGGUGCCGCUCUGCACAGCGAGACCAGUCCGCUGCUGCCGUCCACUGGCUCUCCCCGGGUGAACGACAGGUCGCCGCCUACCGACGCCGAGGACGGUAGGUGCGCCUCCCCGGCCUGCCCUCAGCCGGAGUCGCCGGGCGCCGGGCGCUGCUCGGCCUGCCGACACUGGGGCCUGCUGCUGGCGCUGGUGGCCGCCCUGUCCUCCUCACUGGUCAGUGUGGUGGUGCAGCAGCUGUCUGACGUCGACCCGGCCUGUCUCUCCGCCUUCCGGUUCCUCAGCAUAGUGCCGCUGGCCGGCCUGGAGGCGCUGCGGCGCGGUCAGGACAUCUUCCCUCGCGGUCAUCGCACGGUGCUGCUGCUGCGCGCGGUGCUGGGAGCGGCAGCGCUCAUCUGCAAGUUCUACGCCCUGCGUCGGAUGCUGCUGGCCGAUGCUAGUGUGCUGCUGCUCAGUGCGCCUGUGUUUGUGUCCGUGUGGGCGUGUCUGCUGCUGGGGGAGCCCUGUGGAGCGCUGCACGUGAUGUCGCUGCUGGCGACCAUCUCCGGGGCAAUGAUGAUUGUCCGUCCAAAGUGGAUGAGAUCCGGAGCAAGGCCCUAUAUACCAUCUGGAGUAGCUGGGGCCGAUGACACAGUGUCUCUGGCGGGCGCGGCGCUGGCCCUCGCCAGCGCGUUGUUCCUCUCUGCGGCGUACGUGACGCUGCGCCGCCUUCAGAGCGUCCACUGGUCUGCCACUGUUCUCGUGUUCGGUGUGGUGGGCGCCGUGAUGUCUUACACAGUCUGGCUAGCUACCGGAGCUGGCCACUCUCCCUCCAGCGCCGCCGAGUGGCUGAUGGUGCUGGCUCUGGGCGCGCUCACCAUGGUGAUGCAGCUGGCCUUCACGGUGGCCUGUCAGCUGGAGCAGGCUGGCCCGGUGGCUGUGGUGCGCACCUCUGAGAUCGUGUUUGCUGUCGUCUGGCAGGUAGCGUUCUUCCAUUGCGUGCCCGGCCCGUACACGGUCGCUGGUAUGGUGCUGGUGAUGAUGUCGGUACUGGCGGUGGCGCUGCAUAAAUGUAUCACCCAGCGUCGGGAAGACGGGAGACCGUGA